AUGUCCGAGCCCGAGUCGUCGAAUGACUUCACGAUUGACCAGAUUUUACUAAAUAUCGAUAUCGCGUCCGGGACAGUCGGUCAAAUCACUGAUGGCGGAGCUGAGAAAAUCUUGAAGUCGCAUGAUGUCGUUCUUUGUCGGGGAACAAACCACGAGGGGUGGAUCGAGGCAGAGAUGCUGCUAGGCUGUUUUGUUGUGGUCGUACCUGCCAAGGAUAUUGUCACGGGUGACGGUCAGAGAUUGGAGAAGACGCCAGCUGGGCCAGUUUUUGACCCUGUCGAGGAGGAUUAG